AUGGCUUUGAUAAUAGUGCAACAAAAGAAUCAGAAAAAUAUAUUAUAAAGUUGGAUAAAGAAAGUGAAAUGGAAUGGGAAUGAAAUGGAAGAAAAGAGAAAUAUAGAUGAGGGUUGA